AUGAAUUUAAUAUCUUUAUUAAUAAUUACUGUAGUUUUCUUUAUGGUUAAUUCUUUUAUAAAAAAGAACUUUAAUUCAAAAGAUAAAUUAAUAGGACCUUGGGAAUUACCAAUAUUAGGUAGUUUAUUAUAUUUUGGUAAUAGGUCAGAUAAAUAUGGAGAUUUCAAAAUGUAUAUGGGUGACUAUAGAACUGUAGUUUUGGCUGAUCCAAUGAAGAUUAGAGAGGUGUGGGUAAAAAACUUUGACAAAUUCUCUGACCGACCACAUCUACCUACCUAUGAGUUUUUCACCUGUGGAUUCCACGAUGUUUCUACAGCCGACUAUUCUCUAUGGAAGAACAAUCGUGGGAUCAUCGCCAACUCGUUCUCCAAAAUCAAUCUAAAAGUGAUAACACCAAUAAUUGAAAAUCAAUGUAAACUAUUAUUGAAAAGAAUGAAAGAAUAUCAAGAUUCAAAUGAAAUUUUUUAUCCCAAGAAUCAUUUAAAGAAAUUCUCUAUGAAUGUAAUGUUGAAAAUGGUAUUUAGUACAGAGAUACCCUAUGACGAAACCGUAUCUUGUCGCACCUCAGAAGAGUUGGGAGAACCAUUGAAUAGAGUGUUUGAAACUACUGGAACAGGAAAUCUUUUCGAUUAUAUUAAAUCUUUACAUCCACUUUCAAUGCUCUACUUGAAGUAUAGCGUUGGAGAUGAUCUCAACUAUAUAAGAUCUUAUAUCUAUGAACUCUAUCAAGAUCAUCUACUUGAAAUAGAUACCAAAAAAGUAAGAAUUAAUAUUAAAUCGAAUUUUCCAAGAGAUUUGUUUGAUAUUAUAAUAUCAGCUGACUAUCCACAUGAUAAGGAAAACAAUAUUAUAGGAAUUGGAAGUGAUUUGAUUGGUGUUGGCACUGACACGAGUUCUUCAUCUCUGACAUGGUUCUUCUUGUAUAUGUGUAACUAUCCAAAGGUUCAAGAGAAAGCCUUUCGAGAACUACAAGAAGUCAUCGGUCAAGACCGUCAGCCACAUAUAUCCGAUAGAAUCAACACUCCCUAUGUUGCUGCUCUCAUCAAAGAGAUACUUCGUAUUAGACCGAUUGCUCCGCUAGGUGUUCCGAGACUCUGUGGUGAAGAUUUUACAAUUGGUGAUAUACAUAUCAAUCAAGGUGAUCUUGUUCUAAUGAAUAUAUUUGCAAUUCAUCACAAUGAGAAAUAUUGGAAAGAUCCAAAAGUAUUUGAACCUGAAAGAUUUAUAGAUAAUAAUAAUGCCGAGAAUUGGAUUCCAUUUGGUCUUGGUCCAAGAAAUUGUCUUGGAAUAAAGUUUUUUAAAGUUAAUAGAAUUACUAAUAUUGAAUGUUAUAAACUUUUACAAUAUAGUAUGGCACUUGAUGAGAUCUAUCUUGCUAUUACAAAUAUACUAUUAAAUUAUAAAAUAACCUCUGCAAAUGGUCAAUUAGUUGAUGAUACAGAACGUAAGUCUGUCUAUCCUAUCUAA